AUGAAGCGCUUGUGUUCUUGGGUGUGGGUUAGAAGGCGGCGGAGGCCGUGCCUAAGGUGUCCAAAAAGAAGAGUUGUGUGUCAUCUUUGGGCUUUAAAUAAAAAGCACCCACCUCGUUCUCGAAGCCUUUGUGAAAUUAUUGGACUCAAUGACCCUGGACUCACCGCGAUCGGUUUUGUGACAUCAGUGUUUUUGUCAUCCAACUUCUCGUUGAUCUCUCUCGUUCGUUCCCCU